AUGUUUUACAACGAGAAGAAGUCGAGGGACAUACCCCCGGUCCCUCCGUUGCCCCCAAACCUCAGCGGAAAUAGUUGGGAAACGGUCGAUCUCGACGGCGGGCGGGGACCCGCACCGCAACUUGAACCACACGCACAUACCGCCCCGACCAUCACGCCCUACCUGGGCCUUCGGGCCAGGCUAUCGCAGCUGUGGUUCAACCGCUGGACCGUUCUGCUGCUCCUCGUUUUGGUUCGCGUCAUUAUCCUGACCGGCAGCCUCAACGAAAAUAUCGCCGAAGCGAAGCAAAAAGCCCUGUCGGCAUGCACCAAGGUCGAAGAUGUCGGCAGCGCCAUGGCCUCGAUGCCGCAUUACCUCUCGGUUGGCGUAAAUUCGCUCGCGUCCGAUGGCAUCACCAAGGCUGUGUCGGCAAUGGUGCAAGUGCUGAUGCUCAUCCUGACAGGCGUUGAGAAUCUGAUCUUUUUCGUCAUCAACAUGUACGUCGGGACAUGGGUGUGCGUGGCCAUGGCCUUGAUCCACGGUGGCUUGGACGUCGCCGUCAAGGUGGUUGAGGGAGCGACCAAGGUCAUGAACGAUGCCAUCGGGAGCAUUACAGGUGAAAUACAAGAGUCUGUUUCAACUGUCCAGGAUGGAAUCAACAAUCUUGCGAACCAGGUCUCCAACUUUUUGAGCGGGCUGGUGGACAUCCCGAACCUCGACAUCAGCGGAUCGCUCGACAAGCUCAAAAACAUCGAGAUCAACACCGACGAUUUCGUCCGGGAUUUGCUAUCCCUGAACACGACAAUUCCCAACUUUGACGAAGUCGAAAAGUUUGCCAAGGAUGCCAUCGCGACCCCUUUCAAUCUGGUCAAAGAGCAGAUUAACUCGACUCUGGGCAACUAUCGCUUUGAUGACUCUGUCUUCCCUGUUGCUCAGAAGCAGGCCUUGUCUUUCUGCUCCAACAACACGUUCCUCAACGACUUCUUCAACUCGCUGUUCGACAUUGUUCAAAAGGCGAAGAUUGCCUUUUUCGUCGUCAUUCCCAUCCUGGCAAUCUCGGCCAUGGUGGGUAUGGGCUACCUGGAGAUUCGGCGGUGGCGCAAGGAAAAGGAGCGGUCUAAGGUGUUUACGGAGCGCGGUUACGACCCAAUGGAUGUCGUAUACCUUGCCUCGAGACCCAUGACGGCAGGAUUCGGCAUCAGGAUCGCAUCCAGGUUCAAGGGCAAGAACAACCUGCUGGUCCGGUGGACGAUUGCCUAUGCAACCUCGCUUCCGGCGCUGUUUGUUCUCUCGCUCGCGAUGGCCGGUUUCUUUUCCUGCCUCUGCCAGUAUAUCCUGCUGCGGUCCAUCCAGCAGGAGGCGCCCGCCCUCGCCGGCCAAGUCGGCGACUUCGCCGAGGACGUCGUCAACACGCUCCAGCAAGUGUCAACAAACUGGGCAGACGACGCCAACGGCGUGAUCCUCAAGCUUCAGGACGACAUCAACGACGACGUAUUUGGCUGGGUUCACAACGCCACGUCGGCCGUCAACGACACUUUGAAUGUCUUCGACGCCGAAAUCGACAAAGCCAUCAACGCCGUCUUCAAGGACACUAUGCUCCUCAACACGGCUCGCAACCUUGUGGGCUGUCUCAUCACCCGCAAGGUCGAGACCAUCCAAAAGGGGCUCACCUGGGUGCACGAGAACUCGCGCGUCAGCCUGCCGCUGUUUUCCAACGACAUCUUCUCGCAGGGCGCCAACGAUAGUGUCAAUGGCGACAGCGACCUGACGAGCUUCCUGGCCUCGCCUUCGACGGUCACCACCGACGAGAUCACCGACGCCGUCAACUACGUCAUCAGCAAGCUUCAGAAUGGGCUCGUACAGGAUGCGCUCAUUUCGACUGCCCUGCUGCUGGUGUAUGUCAUUGUGGUGCUGAUUGGCGUCGUCCGCGCCCUCAUUGCUGCGACGCUGCGCGACAAGACCCGCGCCGAGGGCGGCGAGCAGUAUGGGAUGAAAGAUCUCGAGUUGAACUCGAACUCGAACCCCGCUGGCGACGUCCCUUCCAGCUAUACUCAAGACGACGUGGUGUAUGCUGGCAGCGUCAGCAGGGGCAAAGCCGGCCCGGCGAGGUGGCCGUCGCAUGCGAGGAAAAGCAGUCAUCCCGAGGUAAUGGACGACACGGAUUACCGCUAG